GUUGCAACCAAAAUUUAUUAUAAGAUAUAGUUCUCAUAGCCAUGGCCAUGAAAAUUGUUGUUAUGUUGUCUCUCUUAGUUGUUGUUGCAAUGGCAAUUCCUGAAGCCAAAGCUCAGCUUGGGAUUCUAAAUGAUCUCCUUGGUUCAGCUAACAUUCAAGGGACAGUCUUGUGCACUUUGAAUUUGAAGGACAAUGUUGAUGAUAAUGGGGAUGGAGCCCCAGCAUUUUCAAAUGCUCAAGUGCAACUAAUGUGUGGAGGGAAGGUGCUUUCUAAUGCAACAACCAAUGGUGCCGGAAAAUUCUCAAUGAAGAUGGAUUCUGUUGAUUCACUUGUAUAUGAUUUAUCAUCAAUGCUCAAUGGUUGCAACCUCAUGGUUCCAACACCACUCUCUGAUUGCAACUCAAACCUUCCUUCUGUUGGGUCUCUUAUUUCAACCCUGCGCUUUCUUGGGAUAACUAACUCUGUUGCCAACAUUACUCCAUCAGGAUUUCACUUUGUGCCCUCUUAAUUCAACUUAAGUUAAUUAGUUAAAUCAUGUCAUGUAGUAGGAUGACAAAAAACUAUAUGAUUAAAUAAAUUAAGUCAUCAAUACUUGUAUUACCUAUGCCAUUUCUAAAUUAGUAUUUGGACAAAAUUAAUUAUGAUGAUGAUUAUUCACCACCCCCUCUUAAACAUAUAUGGUAAGGCAUCACAUUGACUUAUGUUGUUGCUUGUUGGUAACCGAAAGGUACCACCCAAAAAAAAAAGGAAAUGGAAAUUAACUAUAAAAGGAUUAUAUUGGGCUAAUCAUUUGUAAUUCUCAGAUCUCCUUAUAUAUAUUGACAAUAAUAGCAUGAUCCUUUGACGUUGUUAA